CAGCAAGGUGGCCCUGGUAGGGGAGGGGUUUGAUACCGAGAUUGGGCACCGGGGGAAGAAUGUCUCCUUUCAACUUUGUCUGUGGCUUGCACCCCCGGAGAAGGCCACACGCCGGUUGUGGGGUGCAGAUGUGCCGAGAGUGAUUUCUAAGUAGUUGAGUUGUUGAGAUGAGGGUACGACUGCUAAUGGUAGGCAGGUUUUGUUUUCAUUGGUGAAUCGGGUGUCAUCAUAUUCCGGUCAUAUGUUGAAAUAUUCUUUGUUUAGGUCUUGAAGUAGAGGAUCUUACUCUGCACGUCCACAUUGUGUUGUUUUUAAAUGAUGUCUCUGCAAGUAUGGCUUUCUAGAAUUUCAGAUGUGAGUUAAGGUCCGGGCGUGUGUGGGCCUCAGCACUGGCCUUGACAGUGAACUUUGUGGCUGUGUUUUGGAUUUCAAAGAUUUACCCCAUAGCUGGGGUGCGAGCUGUGCUUUUCUUUUUUUGUUAAUUGUAAGUGUCAGGAAUGGAGAUGCUUGAGCUGGGGACGUUACAGAAGAACAUUUAUGUGUUAAUAAUUGAUAGUUGAAUAUUAGAAUCAGAUUAAUUUGGGAUGAUGAAAGUUUUUUUUUUUUUAAAGCAGUUAUGCACUCUAGGAAGGAAGCCUUUUCAUAGGCACACUUUAUAGGGGUUCUUUAGGGCGCAGAGCUUGAAUAUCUCCUUUGAGAGAGGAUACUCAUCAGCAUCUGUAGCUUCAUUGAGGGCCUGAUAAGCGGACUGGAACUAGGGCUAAAACAUCUAAGUGAACUUUUCAGGGUUUGUGUUGUUUGUUUACAUUUGAUGUUCACUCUUGUUUGGGCAAUAGGAAUAAAUAGUUCAGCUUUUCUUUUGAUUUUUGAAGACAAGCCCCUGCCCCCCUUUUUUAAGUUUCACAAUUUACUUGGUUUCACAGCAUUAUAGGAAACUGUUACUCCAUUUUUACUGGAAAAACUAUUAUUCAUUUUGAUUUUGGGUCCAUCCUUUUUCCCAUUCAGUCAUCUGGAAGGAGCUGCCCCAGAAAUACUCUUCUUCUGCUUACAUGAAGAACUCUAAAUGCUGUCCAGCAGGAGGUGCUACAGCAAGAUAAAGGAAACAUGAAUUUUGAGGGUCUUGCUACUUACUACCGCUCUACUUAGCUUCAACUAAGCAGCAGGAUUAACACCUUAAAGCUCCAGAAAGAUUUUGAGGAGCAAGAGAGCUGAAGAAGAGUCAGUUUCCCCAAAACUGGACUUCUCAGAACCUUUAAUAUGCUAAUGUGCAUUGUGAAUCUCCAAGAGGGGGAUAUGAUAUGCAGCAUUCUUGAAUACUUCUAUUGACAGGGAGCCCACUACCUCAUAAGCUGCAGCGAGAAGAGGAGCUUGUUACUUUAAACAGAGGCUGAAGAAACUGUAGAAUUAACAGAUAUAAGAAAAGUGGAGAAAGUAGAGGAUGGAGUUGCAGACUCUACAGGAGGCUCUUAAAGUGGAAAUUCAGGUUCACCAGAAACUGGUUGCUCAAAUGAAGCAGGAUCCACAGAAUGCUGAUUUAAAGAAACAACUUCAUGAACUUCAAGCCAAAAUCACAGCUUUGAGUGAGAAACAGAAAAGAGUAGUUGAACAGCUACGGAAGAACCUGAUAGUAAAGCAAGAACAACCAGACAAGUUCCAAAUACAGCCAUUGCCACAAUCUGAAAACAAGCUACAAACAGCACAGCAGCAACCACUACAGCAGCUACAGCAGCAACAGCAGUUCCACCACCACCACACCCCAGCUGCAUCCUCUCCCAGCCUGACCGCUUCACAGAAGACCGUAACUACAGCUUCUAUGAUUACCACAAAGACACUACCUCUCGUCUUGAAAGCAGCAACUGCGACCAUGCCUGCCUCUGUUGUGGGCCAGAGACCUACCAUUGCUAUGGUGACCGCCAUCAACAAUCAGAAGGCUGUGCUCAGCACUGAUGUGCAGAACACACCAGUCAACCUCCAGACGUCUAGUAAGGUCACUGGGCCUGGGGCAGAGGCUGUCCAAAUUAUGGCAAAAAACACAGUCACUCUGCAGGUUCAGGCAACACCUCCUCAGCCCAUCAAAGUACCGCAGUUUAUCCCCCCUCCUAGACUCACUCCACGUCCAAACUUUCUUCCACAGGUUCGACCCAAGCCUGUGGCUCAGAAUAACAUUCCUAUUGCCCCAGCACCUCCUCCCAUGCUUGCCGCUCCUCAACUCAUCCAGAGGCCCGUCAUGCUGACCAAGUUCACCCCCACAACCCUCCCUACCUCCCAGAAUUCCAUCCACCCCGUCCGUGUCGUCAAUGGGCAGACUGCAACCAUAGCCAAAACGUUCCCUAUGGCCCAGCUCACCAGCAUUGUGAUAGCUACUCCAGGGACCAGACUUGCUGGACCUCAGACUGUACAGCUUAGCAAGCCAAGCCUUGAAAAACAGACAAUUAAAUCCCACACAGAAACAGAUGAGAAACAAACAGAAAGCCGCACCAUCACUCCACCUGCUGCGCCCAAACCAAAACGGGAGGAGAACCCUCAGAAACUUGCCUUCAUGGUGUCUCUAGGGUUGGUAACACAUGACCAUCUAGAAGAAAUCCAAAGCAAGAGGCAAGAGCGAAAAAGAAGAACAACAGCAAAUCCAGUAUACAGUGGCGCGGUCUUUGAGCCAGAGCGUAAGAAGAGUGCAGUCACAUACCUGAAUAGUACAAUGCAUCCCGGGACCCGGAAGCGAGGUCGUCCUCCAAAAUACAAUGCAGUGCUGGGGUUUGGAGCCCUUACCCCAACAUCCCCCCCAUCCAGUCAUCCUGACUCCCCUGAAAAUGAAAAGACAGAGACCACAUUCACUUUCCCUGCACCUGUCCAGCCUGUGUCCUUGCCCAGCCCCACCUCCACAGACGGUGAUAUCCAUGAGGAUUUUUGCAGCGUGUGCAGAAAAAGCGGCCAGUUGCUGAUGUGUGACACGUGUUCCCGUGUAUAUCACCUGGACUGCCUAGACCCUCCUCUGAAAACGAUUCCCAAGGGCAUGUGGAUCUGUCCCAGAUGUCAGGACCAGAUGCUGAAGAAAGAAGAAGCAAUUCCAUGGCCCGGAACUUUAGCAAUUGUUCAUUCCUAUAUUGCCUACAAAGCAGCAAAAGAAGAAGAGAAACAGAAAUUACUUAAAUGGAGUUCAGACUUAAAACAAGAACGGGAACAACUAGAGCAGAAGGUGAAGCAGCUCAGCAGUUCUAUAAGUAAAUGCAUGGAAAUGAAGAGCACCAUCCUGGCCCGGCAGAAGGAGAUGCACAGCUCGCUGGAGAAGGUCAAACAGCUGAUCCGCCUCAUCCACGGCAUCGACCUCUCCAAACCUGUAGACUCUGAGGCCACUGUGGGGGCCAUCUCCAACGGCCCGGACUGCACCCCCCCUGCCAACGCCACCACCUCCACGCCGGCCCCCUCCCCCUCCUCCUCCUCCUCGCAGAGCUGCACAGCGAACUGUAACCAGGGGGAAGAGACUAAAUAACAGAGCCCUGCUAGGAGAAGCCACGGGAUCCCGGUGGCCAGGAGAGCAAAACACUGAAGACUCUAGAAAAGCAAAGCCGGAUUUCUUCUGGAAAGUACAGAAUUCUUUUGGUUCUUUGGUUCCAGAGAGAGAGAAGAUGCUUGUGCCAGGUGGCACCAGAGUUUGCCAAUUGAUCCUUCUUAUUCUGUGUGUACAUGCAAAGAUUGGACCAUGUUACAUGAAAUAGUGCCAGCUGGAGGUUCUUUGCCAGCACCAUGCCAAGUGAAAUAAUAUAUUUACUCUCUCUAUUAUACACCAGUGUGUGCCUGCAGCAGCCUCCACAGCCACGAUGGGUUUGUUUUUGUUUUGUCGGGUGGGGAGCAGGGACGGGCGGAGGGAGGAGAGAGCAGGUUUCAGAUCCUUAUUUGCCGAGCCGUUUGUUUAGGUAGAGAAGACAAGUCCAAAGAGUGUGUGGGCUUUCCUGUUUCUAAACCUUCACUACUAUAAAACCAAAAAGAGGAAAUCGAGAUUUAACCAACCCCAGUGCCCAGAGGAGGGAUGGGGAGGGAAGGGGAGGGAGCCGGGGUGGGAAGAGUAUAUCGAAUAAGCAGUAUUUCAUAUUGUCUGGGGUGGGGGCGGCGCACGGAGAGACGGAGCCGAGAACAGCCGCCGGCUUCUCCGGAGCAGUCUGCUCCCCCGCCGUGGGCACCCCCACGCUCCCCACAUUCCUUCCCUGCUUUGGCAAAUGGGCGCCAUCCCCGUGGAUGAUCCGGUUAACCUUCCCUCUCCAAGAACAAGCAGAGCCGGGCCUCAGGGGGCCCUUGCCCGGGGCAGGGAAGAAGGGGGUGUGUGUGUGUGUGUGCGCGCGCGCGUGUGUGGUGGUGUGUGUGUGUGUGUGUGUGUCGAGGAAGGAAAAAAGGUGGAUCAGUGAUUUUACUUGAAAACAAGCUCCAUCCCUUUUCUAUAUUUAUAAGAAGAGAAGAUCCUGAGCGAAGCAGCACGCGACCCAGGUGUGUGUGAAUUGAAUGGAGACGUUUCUUUUCUCUCUUUUUUAAAUUUUUUGUUUUUGUUCUUUUUCUUUCUCUUAAAAAAGAAGUUUUAUUUUGUUGUUUCUUUUACUUUUUUGGUAACAAAAACUAAAAUAAGGAAUAGAAAAGCUGUUUUUCAGGCUGACAGUCCAAUUAAGGGUAGUCGAGACCUUGCAUGGUAGACUAGGAAUCAUAGUGUCAGUGAGGUCCAGUGAGUCUGUGUGAGUCCUUGUGUCAUCGUUCGGGGCACUGUUUUUUUAUGCAAGGGCAAAAAUCUUUGUAUCUGGGGAAAACAACAACAACAACUUUUUUUUUUAAUUAAAAAGGAAAAUAAAAAGAUAUUGAGGUCUUCCUAGUGUUACUUAAAUUAAGAUCAAGGUAAGAAACAUUGUAAAAAAGAAAUUACAAAAGUGCUAUUUGUUUCCUAAAAACAGUGAUUUCUAUUAAAAAGGUGUCAGAACUGGAGAAAAUGCUGUGUAGUUAUAAUUUUUUAGCACAGAACCUGCUGAUCAUGAUGACAUUUUGCUGUGUUUGUGUCUCAAGACUGGUGGGCUAGUCUCCAGGAUUUCUGUCGUCCCGACGACGACGGCUGUGGCCCCCAAAGGGCGGGGGCGGAGCUCCCACCUGUCUCCCCUCCUCAGCAAAGACUGUCCUCUCUUCCUGGUGCAGGGAUCUGGGCUCCUGUUUCUGCAGCCCAGACGCAGUGUGGAUGGUAUCAGGGUCCUACCUGUUGUCUCCUCGGAUUUUGUUAGAGCCGAAGGCUGGUGCCUAAAUAAGAUCCCUUCCUUUGGUGCUGCUCCUGGUCUUUCAGCCACCAGCAUUUUGAGUGCCUGGGGGACACAACUGUGAAGGAAACGGCCAGGGAAGCUCAGUGGUGCUUAGACAGAACAAGGGAGUGAGAGGUCCUAAGGUACGUGGUGUCUCUGAGACUGAGAGCCCCGGGGCCGCCUUUGUGUCUUCUUGCCUUUGCAGAGAGGUUGGCAUCUCCAGUGCUUUCUCUGGCCACUGACUCCAGGCACUGGAGAUGGGGGUUGACUCUGCUUUGCCCACCCACCAGCUUCCUUGGUGACCUUUGGCUAGAACGCUGUGCUGUGCUUGGCUUGGCUUGUCUCCUUCUUGAGAAAACCAGGGUUCUGGAAGGCUUGGGCCAUUUCUGUCGUCUUGCCUUGUGGGAAGGAAGUUCUGGUAAGCCCGGGCUCCCACACACUCUGCCCAUUGUGCGUGUCUGGCCACAGGAGGGAGGCAGAGGCUCUGGGCCCCAGCACUCUCAGAACGCCUCUCCCAAGCCGGCCCUGUGCCCCCGAACGGCCAGAGUCUUGGAGGGGCGGAAAUCGGCCCACUGGUUUCUCCCCCACCUAGUUAGGCCCAGAAAGACACAGAUGAGUCCUGAAAGCAACUCCAACAGGGAAAUACGUCUUACUCUAAACCUGUCUCAUCUCUACCAACCGCUUCCGUUCAUCUUCCCUGGAUGUUGGAAGAGGAGGUUAAAAGGGGCUGCACAGGCCUCAGAGUCAGACCUGCGAGGUCGCCUGAGGAGGGACGAAAGGAGCUCCCUUUUCUCAUGCAAAACCCAAGGUGCUAUGUCUAGUCAGGGAGCUUCGGGCGGGUGGUGCCUGGACUAGUUGGAGGAAUAGUUGGCGGAGGUUCAGAGCCCAGAGGCAGGCUGUGCGCCCUGUCUUCAAGCCCUCCCAUUUGACUUGUCUGGGCCCAGAGACCGAGGGUUGCCACCUAAUACUUAUCUUCUUGAAGGAAGUUGGGGGAACUGUCCUCACUAGAGGCCUUUGCUCAGAAAGGAGCUGCCGGGGAUUCUCAGGGGUGGGGGCCGGGGCUAGGAACUGACCUGGGCUUUGCUAGCUGCUGUGAGGUGUCACACUCUGCCCUUGCCUAGGGUUGGCCUAUGGAUUCUUCCCCAAGUUCAGAUAUAAGCUGUUUUGCAGGUCAGCUAGUCUGGAGUGGAAAGUGCAGCCUGCCCCCAAGUCUGCAUACUGGACUCAAAUCCCCAAAUGCCUUUACUGCAAAGAAAAGUCCCUAAUCACCCAGUCUCAUCCUACCAAGAGAAGACCCUCUCUGUCCCUCCAGACCUGUGGGUCCCUGUGACCAUGACUGCCCCACCAGAGCUGCCUCCACCUCCCUCUCCCUCCCUCCUGCUUUUGCUCAGGCCCAGGUGUGGCCGCUGACAGACACAUCUGAGCACAGCUGGCUUGCAGUCUCUCCAGAGGCCAGAGAAUGGCUGGUCUGAGACUAGGAAGGAGCUGCCCCCGCUGGGCCCUGGAUCAGGAGACCUCUUGGCAGUCCUGUGGCUCAGGUGCUGUGCCUGGGAGGCAGUGAGGUCAUGUUGCCGUCAUCGACCCUGCUCCUGUUCUUGCCAAUGUGGCCUGCGGGCCCUUUUUCUUUCCCGGAGUCUGCUGGGUCUUGUCUCGCCUCUGCUGAGCUCAUCCGGAGUUCUGCUUGCUUCCAUCCUUAUUGGACCGUUUGGGGGCAGG